CAGUCAGUCUCGGCGCGACGCUGCAAGAGGUUACACCUGUGCGCACGGCUUAAGUAGGGUCGAACGCGAACGAGGAAGAGAGCGUAGCGUUUACCUGGUUUGGCCAUCUCGAGGCAAGCGCAUUUUCAAUUGGCGCAGUGAUACUAGGAUUGGGAUGAUCGGGUGACUACGUUAGGCUUGAACCAACAGGAACACCGUUGCCUCUUUUUCGGUAAAUUCGAGUGGAGCGCUUGGCGCGAGGGAAUCGACCAAUCGCAGUCGCCUCCACACGGCGACUGGACCCAACCGGUGGAGCAGCCCCCGUGGAGAGCUUCUCCACGGACCGAGGGAUUUCGGAAGGGCGCGCGCGGCCUACGGCAGCGACGCGAACGGUCGCGGCCGAAACCAACUUUCUGGUGAGCGGCUUCGCUCCCGAAGCCCUAUAUAUAACGGCUCCUGCCGUCGCAUGUGUUAAUUGGUGCGGAAGGGAGAUUUUAUCCCCCAGAAUUCAGACUCGGACUUUCGCCAGCGAGGACAUUGGAUCCUUUAUUAUGUAUAAUAUAUCUUCUCAAUAUUAACCAAACGUUUGGUGUCGCAAUCGAAGUUUAUCGGCGCGUUUGGAGGUGUUACCUCCUACAUCGACACCGUUAAGGACAUUUUAGGGUACGUGUUGCUCUGUGAGAUUUUUAUUCGAUCAUCGAUACCGAAACUUUUCCGACGCACUUUUUCCCCAUACUCUGGGGGCUGUACCGGAAGGUUCGCGGGACUUUGCCUUCGCGGGUGGCGCAUGCGCGCUCGCGCAGACACACGGCGGUUUCGCGCGUAGGUGGCAGUGGCUGCAGUGUACUAUGAGAGGAUGAGUUGCUCCGUGAAGAUCUCAGCCGGGAAGGGCUGGAGCGGGUCGCAGCGGAGAAUCAACUCCCUGGCGGAGGAGGGCGCAUCGCAAGCGUCCGUCCCCGCGGCCCCCGCAGCCCCCAGGGCGCCGCCCCGUCCCGUCAAGGCUAACCAGGCGAAGAAGGGCGAGGACACCGCCAAGCUCUUCAAAUACGUUGACGACAACGUCGUCGGCAAGAAUGGUACCUUCUUUGGACCCUUCGGCCGCAGGAAAGUGGUCUAUUGCGAUUACACGGCAUCGGGGAGAUCCCUGCAAUUCCUCGAAGAGUACAUCAGCAAGGAGGUGCUUCCGUGCCUUGGCGACACCCGAGCUUCGACUUCGAUCUGCAGUUUACAAUCAUCUCUCUUCAGACACGAGGCAAGAGACAUCGUUAGGCAUUCCGUGGGUGCAGGCGAACAGGAUGCAGUUUUGUUCACGGGUCACGGAACGGCCGGUGCCCUUAGAACCCUUCUUCGCCAUCUGGACCUAUCCGAGUCCACGGUGGUCUUCGUGGGGCCCUUUGAACACCACGCGAACCUAAGACCCUGGAGAGAAUACGGAGUCAAGAUCGUCCGCAUCGCGGAGACCAAGGAAGGUUUUCUGGAUUUGAAUGACCUGGAACGCAAGCUCAUCAACGAAAGAGCCUCCGGUGCAUCGCAAAUGGUGGGAUGUUUCAGUGCAGCGAGCUGCAUCACCGGCGUGCUCGCCGACGACGUGGCCACGACCUUACUCCUGCACCAGCACGGUGCCCUCGGGAUCUGGGACUACACGUCAGCCGCUCCCUACGUUCAGAUGGACAUGAAUCCUCAUCUGCCGGGGGUGGGGGAGACCGCGGUCCAUAAAGAUGCGAUGAUCUUCGCCGGUCACAAGUUCAUCGGGGGUGUACAGUCCCCGGGGGUGGUGGUCAUGAAGAAGUCCUUGAUGAGGGAGGAGUUCAGUCCCGAGGACACGAAGGAUUCCCAUAGGUAUCUGCGGGAUCCAGAACUCAGGGAGGAGAGCGGAACCGCUGCGGUCGUAGAGACCAUCCGCUGCGGAUUGGCCGUCCAGCUUAAGGAGAACGUCUCCCCCCACGCGAUCGUCGCUCGACAGGACAAGAUAUCAAAGCAAGUUCUGGCCCACGUCAGGACCAUCCCCGAAUUGAUCCUCCUCGGCAGCACCUCGCAAAACGUCAAGAGGCUUCCGAUAUUUUCCUUCAUGGUUCGGCACCCUCGAGGGACGUUCCUGCACCACAAUUUUGUUUGCGCCGUCCUCAACGACGUUUUCGGAGUCCAGGCUCGAGGGGGAUGUGCUUGUACCGGUCAAUAUGCUCACGAUUUGAUGGGCAUCGAUGAAAAAUUGGCGAAAGAGUACGAGACGAUCCUUCUGGCAAAUGGAAGCGGUUCCGAGGCAGGAGACAUGAAUGCAGAGAUGCUGAGGCCAGGGUUCGCCAGGUUAUCCUUUCCCUACUUCAUGUCCGAGGCGGAAGUGGCUUUCAUCCUGGAAGCGCUGAAGAUGGUCGCCACCGAGGGCUGGAAGUUGCUACCUCAGUACGUGCUGAACCCUGACACCGGAGAGUGGAGGCACCACACGAACAGCGUCUUCAAGGACAGGAAAUGGUUGGGUUCGAUAAGGUACACGGACGGGAAGAUGAACACAUCCGAGAGAAGAGUUUCCGGUCCUGGAGUAUUCCCCCAGAGCUACAGCGACUGCCUGCAGACCGCCAGGAACAUUUUCAACAGGGCUAGAAAGAUGGCUCAAAGAUACCCGCUGCAGGUGGAUCACAGCGAAACCUUCACGGAACGAACGGAAGCCCUGAGAUGGUUCAUCCUACCCAACGAGGCGCAGGAUUUGCUACUGGGCAACUCCCAGAACGUUAAACAGGACGUUCCCUUUAAUCCCGUGACCUACAGAUUGGGAUAUGGAUCACUGGACAUGGGAGCCAACGGCCUGCUGCUGGCAAAUGGGAUCCGAAGGUUGAACAGCGACAUUCCGCGAACCGGAAACGUGCCCAUAACCCCGAAUUCACCACGGCACCAUAGUUUGCCCAUGUUGACCAAGUCACUAGCCGGGGCGAUCCCGGAUUACAGGAAGAAGUCGAGCGAGUUGGGCCAGGGUCCUCAAGGUGUUUCCCCAAGGUCCACCAGAUCAACCGCUUCGCCGCCGCUGACCAACCAGUUGUCUCUCCCUGAAUACAGCAGUUCUGGAGUCGUUGUGGGGUCCAAUGGGCACAGAUCGCCCGCCACUUGUCCCAGUUCUCCAAUGCCGGUCAGAUUCGCCGUCGGCGAAGCGGUCACUCCAGCAAUGUUGGGUACACCAGCAGUGACUCAACUGAUCGCUAGUGAACAAAAUAUCCCUGGAAGAGCCAGAUGCAAUUCCCUGGGCAGCACCGGGACCGCGCCACCUAUUCUGAGUCCUCAGACCAUGGCCAGUUUAGGCAUCAGCACUAAUUCUAGACACAGGCAUUGUAGUUGCAGCAGUCAGACGGAGCUGAACUCCCUGGAGUAUGAAAGUGGCAGUCCGACCCAUUCUUUGGGACACGUCACGUCGACCAGCAGCUCCGACAUGAGGGUUGGUAGGUCGUCGCCGGUUUCUAACUUGUCCCAGAGCUCGGACGACCUGCACGCCUACCUGAAGGAAGUGACUAAGGAGUUGGCCACGGAGAUCAAGUCCGAGAUCCGUGAGGUCAUCUCCAAGGUGGACGACGUUCUCUCCGAGACGAACACAUCGGAGAACACGCCGCAGCACCACUCGAGGAGCCACUCGGCGAACCACUCGGAGGAUAAACAGGACUCCUUCUCGGCGAGCGACAUUGCGGAGUACCUGAUGGAGUUCUCUAAGGAGAUGGCCAGCGAGGUCAAAUCCGAGAUCAGGUGCAUGGUGAACGCUGUGGACGGGCUGCACAGGUUCUCUCCCGACACCCCUGUGUCCAACGGAUCUUCCAAUGGGCACGGCUCCCCGGAAAGGACUCUGCCCAAGACGGGACCUGUAGGGAAACUUAGCGAACUCUCCCAGGAGAGCAAGAUGUCCAGCGAGUGCUCUUCCGACGAGACCGUCAUCUACGUGAUCAAACCACGGGAAGCCGAAGGCAAGACCGACGACGAAGAUCACAGUGGCGCAGAAAUCGACAUGAAGGCCCUACCCAAGAUUUACUCGACCAUCAAUUCCGUCAGUUCCCAGGAUAGCGGGAUCAAUCUGUCGUUCCACGAGAGUGACAGGUCCGUGGAUUCAGAGCUGCGUAGAAGCAGCAGUGCCGAGUCCAACUCUAAUGGAUGUAGAAGACUUAGAAUCUCCGGCAAAGGGAAACAAGCUAGGGUGGACGACCUCUCCGAAGAUGAGAAGAUGGUCUCCGAGUGUUCCGGCCUGGAGGAAGACGAUGAAGCCUCCACCACUGGAAGUCUUCCCGAAGACAGGACCAACCCCCAGUGGCACUGUCCACCUAAGAAUAUCUGGAAACCUGCGGUGGAAGCUAUGCAGGAGUUCGAUAUGAUUCGCGACAACGACAGGGUUCUGGUGUGCCUUUCCGGGAGUCAGAGCUCUCUGGCUGUUCUUCACACUCUGCAUCAAUAUCGAUUCUAUGUCAGGUCAAAAGGCAUCAACUUUGAGAUCGGCGCCGCAACUAUUGAUAACGGUGGACAAGACCCCCUUAAGUCCAUGGUUUACCUGAAGUCCUUGGAGGUCCCAUACUUUUUUGAAGAACAGGCUGCUUCUACCGUUGACGACGAGCCCAGGGAUGCUCAAUCCUGUAGUUUCUCCGUAAGAACUGUCAGAGCUAAGCUGUAUUCGGUAGCCAAGCAACACGGAUACAACGUCCUUGCGCUGGGUCAACACUUAGACGACCUCACCGAGGGCUUCCUCUCGUCGGUCUUCCACAACGGCAAGCUCAGGACCAUGAAGGCCCACUACUACAUUCGCGAACAGGACCUUAGAGUCGUCAGACCCUUUGUCUAUGUCAGAGAGAAGGCGUUGCGACAAUUCGUUGACAGCAGAAAACUGCCGCUUAUUAAAAACGACACCAACGAAGAUCUUGCUCAGAAGCGCCAGAUGAACAAGGAGCUGAUAGCCCAGCAGGAGCAAGUGUUUCCCAGGUUGUACUGGUCCUUGAGAUCAGCCCUGCAGCCUCUGAUCCUAGCUCGAGGUCAGAACAGCGAGGUGUCUCUGCAGAAAAGACACCGGCGUCCCAGGACGAAUUCCUUCACCUCAACUCCCGUGUCUUCUAAUCAUCGGCUUCAUGAUAGCGAGACCGAUGAAGAGCCGGUCCUCUGAGGAACCUUUUCGCAGGACCAUCGACGCCCUGCAGAGCUUUCGGCGAGACCUCGUCGAGGUCGGCGAGCACUUUUGCGCGUGCCGCAGUUGUCGCUCAGCGACGACUAAGACCUCUUCGUGGAUGUAUCGGAGCGCACGGCUUCCCUACUUCACUCUGAAGACCACCUUGAAGAGUAGAUGACGAGACGUGUCGCCGCUUCCAUUCAGUGUCUGGAGUCCUUUCUGGCACGGACUCGAUUUUUUUGUGAGAUGGAAGACGCGACUGCCUCGUUGCUUGGGAGAUAAUCGAGAGAACUGAUAACCGAUUUGCACUGGGACAUUUCAGCUCGUGACGGUCUCAGUCUAGGUGCUGGACCAGGUGCCGAUUUGCAGCCUGCAGCACAGUCAUGCUUGCCGCUUGCUCGCUUAUAGUUAGCGAGACUGAAUUCGUUUUUACUUGUCAAUAGGACGGAGAAGAUGGGAAGAACCUUUUGGAGCAGCUUCUUUAGGCUGCGGUAUCUCCGAAGAACCUAUUCGGCUCACGAUUUAUAUCGAAUUGACAAUAUCUACCUUGAGGUGGUCCUUUUAACGAACGCUUGGUUUACUGGCGAGGGGGUUAGUUAAAGAGGAGAGCGACCCGGAUGUUCAAUAUCGCGAGAUGGGACUAAUUGAAUUCAGGCAGAGGAAGUCACGUGAGCUUUUCCUCAAGAGACCAGCACUAGGACCAGAUGCUGCCGAGCCUCAAGUUGCCGAUAGUCGAUCGCUGAUCGGCGAUCGCAAGAAGGAAUUCUUCGAUUGGGAGAGAGAGAUGUUCGCAUCUCUCUUAUAGAGAUCAGCACUAGGACCAGUUGUUGCUGAUCGUCGAUCGCUAAUCGAUUGCAAAAGUAAAUUCCUGGAUUCUUGAGUCGCGUAAGUCUCCCUUCCAUGGAUUGGAGCAAGAACCAGCUGAUCCUGAAUCAUCGAUCGCUGAUCGUUGAUCAAUUCGAAAAGGGUGCCACUGUAAUCGCGGAGAGUCUCAGUUUUCUCCUGGAGUUCCGCACUGGGAUCAGUUGCUGAGACCUCAAUGGCUGAUCGGUGAUAGGUAAUUUAUGAUUACCCGUCCCUAAUCACUGAUCAAGACCGUAACAACCGGUCGAACAUACUUAAUUAAUUACCGCGUGGAAUUAAGAGCACGCGAGACGGAAGAGCUGUCGUAAUGUGAUUUCUUUUAUACCGAUUUUUUCCGUUCUCUUUUCCCCGUUGGAGUUAGAUUAACAUUUUUAUAUGCUAAUUUCUAAUCGCCUGCGAUUUCUUAGUUGUCGCUGCGCGCGCAUCCCUAGCGAGAGGCUACUGUCCCAUUUAUCCGACUUCUCGUAUGUGUAUGUAUGUAUACAUAUAUACCGGUACAUAUUAUUACACGCAGUUGGACAUGUAUACAUAUUAUGAUUAUUAUUAUUAUUACGUAUCUAUAGGACACGUUUUGUACUCCUAAAUUAUUAUUAGCUGGUAAGGCUAAGUCACGAGCGCAGACUUAGUUUCGCUCGCCGAAUUCCGGGGAACUCGAAUUUCCGGACACUUUCGAGCCUCGUGCGUUUCACAAGGGUCUAAUUGUUAGUACUUUUUAUUUGCAAUUAGCCGCAACGAGCACAGCUCCAUUGCCGAUCGUUGGAUUUCUUCGUUUCGAGGAAAACGCGGACUCGAAAGUGUCAACUUCAGCUUCGAUUUUUGACAGAAUUAAGGAAGUGAGCCAAUGAUUUUCGAAUGCGAGUCCGAAUUUCAUAGCAGAUACUUUGGGCGGAAUUAUGUACUUCACUUGUCGGCAUUGACGUAGAUUGAGUUACUGAGAUGAUUAAUGAUUACGGUUGUUGUUAAAGCAUUCGAUACGAGGAGGAAAUUAUGCUCCCACGUAUUUAUACAAGAGUUUUUCCAGUCGAAUAAGUAUGUUCUCGAAAUAAAUGUCGCACCUUGGACAGCGAUAUUUCUUGAAGAUUUCGUGUUGCCGAUUGUUAUCGUCAGGGUAUUUUUAACGAUUUUACCACAUUUUGAACUCGACCCUGCCGACUUUCGUACAAUUUUCUCAAAACUACCACUCGAGUCCUUAACAUUUUUAGAAGGACUAAUUUUGCUGGAAAAAUUCAUUCAGAUGGAGUUACCAAUUGAUUCGCCAUCCCGUUUCGAGUGUUUCAACGACGACCUCGGUCGAUCGUUUCAAAAUUAAUUUUCGGACGAUUCGACUUGAUUCAACAAGCUCGUAUGUGCUCUCUCUUCUUCAAGAAGUCAAAUGGGAUGGGAUUUUUUGAGCCCAUAUCGAUGAGCAGAUUUAGUAAUAAUUCUGAUUCGGUCAACGAAAUACUGCGGAGUACUAUUUACAAUAAUUGCAAUCGAAGCGACGAUUCAUUAAAAUACCGUUAAAUUGACGAUGGGUAUGAUUGUUCAGCGUUAAGUCAUGGAUCGCACUUUUCGAUCAGACUAUUGCGUACAUGCGUCUGCUCCAGAAAUUUUCAUUUUAUCCAAUUAUGCGAUUGCCAGAAUAAUUAAAAAAAAAAAGAAAAAAAAGAGAGAAUACUGCAUCCUGUACAUAUAUUUCAGUAGUUUAAAUGAUAGCCGCAGAACGGCAGCAGCGAAUGAUACACUGCCGGCGAAACUUUCUCCACCGCUUUGCGGAAUCAUUUUGGCGGAGGUUUUUUUACUUUAUACUUACAUUAUGAAGUGAACUUCUAUGGCUAUUAGCCGCGGUAGUUGAACUUAGCAUAAAAGAGAUAUGUCACGCAGAACAGGAUACACAGGUCGUGGACCGAUCGGAUGCGUGUUUCUAUCAGGACGUGAUCGAUAAAGGGAACUUUUUUAAUCGAGUAGUGCCUAUCAGAGGAUUCGAUCACGAAGAUGUUUAUGAUCGGCCGAUCGGAAUACCAUGAUUAUGUGAAAAAGGUCGUAAAAUGUGGAGCAAAGUGAACCUUGAAAUCACCUGCAGCCAACGUGGAACAUCAUCUACAGCCGAGCAUAUAUAUCAAACUUGCGAGCUUUGCUUCGUGCUGCGCACUUACCUUUAAUUCUUCUCUCGAGCACAAUAAAUUGUGCCGCGCGGUAUGCAAAUGCAAGAUCGGCAUUUGCAUAGAUCCACACCGUGCGAAUAAUUCUCCGGAAAUUCGUGCGAAUCUCAUUCUCAUCCCUAAGGGCAUUUCGGUGGAUUUUCAUUGCCGCCCAUUAUGAUCCACGGUGCCGUGUGCGUUUUCAGGAAAUCUGUGCUUUGACCUGGUUAUGUUUGUGCAAUGUAUCGACAAUUGCAUUAGAUCGGCUUCGAAUUAUCGAAUUUCGCCUCGAGUUUCAAACCUUUGAACGCUAAGAAUUACUUCUGAUAACGAUCGCUGAUCCGCGCGUUUUCGGGUGAGUUUUUGAAAGCUUAUUUGACAAUAUCCUUUUUUUAUCCGUUUUGUAUUAACGUCUGAAAGGGGAUGUGUUAAAAUAUGAGCGAAUGCAGACAAUGAGAAGCUUACAAUCAGACGGCGAUUUUUUCGGGAGUGAAUCCUGGCCCUUUCUUGCGGUCGGAAAGGGUGCGUUCGUGGCUCUGAAAUUCGAGGAAAUUCCCGAUAAGAUACCGAAAUUUAUGUUCACGGACACGCAGAUGAAUAUUAUUCUUUGCGUUUUGCGAAUCGUAAACAAAACGUAAAUAAAUAAUCGAAGCGAGGAGUCGCAAAGGACGAUUCGCGCGGUGCGAGUCGAGGCAGGAUUACUCUUGCAAUUGUCUAGUUACCGCCUAUUCGUAGCCGCUAGAGGAUAGGUAGAUUAGCGUAAAGUAAAGGAAAAAAUGAAAAACGAGUGAUCCCAUCUGUAGCUUCUACCUGGACGACCUAGAAAUAAGACGAUAAGAGAUAAUGGCCGACGCGUUUCUCCGGACGCCGGGUCCUUCUCGCCCUCUUUUCUCUUUUUUACUCGGAAAACGACGUCCACGACACUUUUCCGACCUCGGUCGGGUGAAAGUGCAUUUCUCGAAAAAGAGAGAAAUAAAUUAACCUACGAGGAAAACGUAUGCCAGUAAAUUUGAUGGUGGUCUAAUCGGUUCUUGAGAAGCACGGUCGAACGGAGAAAUCCACGGCGACGGAGAGACGUCGAAAGGACUUUCGUAAAAAGGAUAGGUUCCUUUCAGGGGUUUUCGGAAAGGAGAAACCGACACGAGCGACAUCUGGUCAUCAUUCUCGUUAUUCGAAUUAACAGAGUGGCCACUUUUUACGCCGCAAUUUUUCUCGAGAAAGGGGAACAAAAAUUGGAGAAUGUGGAGCCCGGGAUGAAGAGCUCUUUCCUCUUCUUUUCCGAAAAUUCCGCAAUCGCGAGUCGCGUCGCGCAGGACGUGCAAUUGUGGAUGUUCUGCUCCAUGUACUCGGUCUAUUUUUUUUCUGUUAGUUUCUUCUCGGACGAUUCGUUCAGUGGAAAGGCAAAAAAAAAUGAACGUUGACCUUUGCAGCUGAUCGCUGUUCGAGCUAUUUGUUAAAUAAAUGACCUGAUUAGCAUUAGAGCGGUCGCUUUUCCAAAUUUCUGGCGUCGGCUGAUAACGGGGAAAGGUCGCAUGCGAUUUCAUUAAACGAAUCUGUCUUCGAUUAAUUAUUUUGUUAUGAUUAUUAUUAAUGUUAUUAUUAUUACCGGUUUCAAGACGUCAGAGCUCGCGACGAAGUGGAUAACCAUGUAUAACCAGAUAUUACUAUCCUGCGAAUUAUUACGGAUAGAUAUUAUAUUUUCUGAGAGUUACGAAAGUAUAUUGUUACUGUAAAGAUAUGUAAGUUUAUUUAUCGCUAAUAAAAAGAAACGAGUAAAA